AAUUGUAAAACUAUCCAAUAUAUAAGCUAUCCUAUAAUACAUAAGAUUCCUCUGGAUCUUAGUCUUGUUUUGUCAAUAAUUUAGUCCUUGUUAUUAUGUGGGUGAAGAUUUCUUGCAGAAAUUGUUUUUCAGCUUUUCAGGGAAUACACUUUGAAGCAAAACUGAAAUCUUGCAGUCUGAAAUAGUGGUGGAGGAAAUGGCAGAAGCAAAGGUCAUCAUGUUGUACAUUGCUUAUGCCAUCUUCUUUCUCCCUAUCUUUCUCUUUCUCUUUCUGCUUGGAUUUGUCAAAAGUGCAAUAUUCAGCCCCUUUGUGUUUCUAGUGAUUGCUAUUGGGGACACUGGUAUUGUAAUAGGGCUAUGGCCUUGCCAUCUUUUUUACAGCAUCUAUUGCAUUAUCAGGACCAAGAAAUUUGGCCCAUUUAUGAAGGGUGCGUUGAUCCUGCUAUCCCCCCUACCAAUUGCAGUUUGGACAGUAGUUGGGGUAGUAGGCAGUGUUAUAAUGGCAAUAUAUUAUGCAUUUGUUUGGCCUGUUAUGGAAACUUUUAAGGCAAUCAGUAAGGAAGGCUUAUCAAUUCCUCAGAAGUUGGUCAAAUGCUUAACGGAUGGUACUUGGAGCAAUGUAUGGGGAGCAUGCACUAUUGUGCGCGAUUUUGCAGAUUUCUCCUUCCAUUCUUAUUUCUCUGUGAUGGAUGGAUUACUGGAAUCGAAGGGAGAGAAGCCCAUUGAACUCAAGGUUCUGCAGAUUCCAGGGUGUGUUGUAUGCGCUGCUCUUGGAAUCUUGGUGGAUGUGAUAUUUAUUUCACUAAUUACACUUUACAAAGCUCCGAUUUUACUAUUUAAAGGAUGGCAUCGGCUGGUUCAAGAUCUUGUGGGCAGAGAAGGACCCUUCCUUGAAACUGUUUGUGUCCCCUUUGCAGGGCUUCUAAUCGUCCUGUGGCCAGUUGCUGUCCUUGUAGCUAUUGUUUGUGGCAUCCUUUCAAGCAUUGGAUUCGGUUGCUAUGCUGCUUUGGUUGCAUAUCAGGAAGAGUCUACAAAGAAAGGUUUGCUCUAUGUCAUAGCAUCUGUAUCCAUUUUCGACGAGUACACUAAUGACCUUCUUUAUUUGAGAGAGGGUUCUUGCUUUCCAAGACCUAUAUAUCGAGCAGGAGUAAGCUCCAGUUUCUCUUUGCUUCCCGUGAAGGGGCUGCAUGAACAAUUUAAUGGCGGGCACCAUAAGGAUCCUCUUCUGAGAACACCUUCACAGAAGAAGAGAGCAUUGCAUUCCAUGCUGAUAUGGGACAGUUUCUUCAAAGCGUGUGAGCAUGAUGGAAAAGAGCUUCUCAGAGAGGGAGCUAUCACAAUUGCAGACCUUGAUGCGUGGCAACAGUCAAACAACAACAAGAUAAUCAAUGUAGGAGUUCCUGCUUAUGUAUUCAUAGAUUGCAUCCUCCGCUCUAUUAAGAGUGGCUCGACGGGAUUUCUUUUGAGUAACAAUGUUGAGUUAACAAGCCUGAACAGGCCUGAGGGAAGGGUGUUUGAUUGGUUAUUUGAGCCAAUGAGCAUCAUGAAAGAGCAGCUCAGAAGCCUGAAAUUGGUGGAGUCCGAAGAGUUGUAUCUCUACAAACUGUGUCUUUAUAAUGGAGAUACAAGAAGGAUGGAAUCUUGGAACAAUGGUGGUGCACCCCCACAUGAAGAGAUCAGAAGAGCUCAAUUGGAGGGUAUUAGUAGAAGGCUGCAUGGCUUCUGUUUGACAAUCUCAAGAUUGCCAACAUCUCGGCGAAAAUUUAUUCAAGUUCACAAGGAUAUAGCACAAGAAUCAAACCGAAGGUCAUUAUCUUUAGGAUCAGGAGCAGUGUGAGAUCAUCAUUUUGGCAUUUGACAAAUACUGAUAUUAAAGCUUGAACGGAUGAGUCAUUUUUUACAACACAUUCUUUUUCUUUGUUUAGCACCAGCUUGCAUGUAUUGCAGUGUACUUACAAUCACUCUGAACUAAAGAAAAAUCUCGCUAUAUUAUUGUGACAAUACUCAUUAUAGCAACAAUCCAUGUAGCCAAUUUCCCCCCCUUGAAUGUUAGAAAUUCUUUAUAAAUUGAAUUUGCACUUUAACAGCUA